AUAUCGAUCCGAUGCCGUUUGACGAAUUUUAAUUUUUUCGUGAAUUAGCAGCGCAGAAUUUUAAAAGUGAACUUAAAUGGCAAGAAGAAGAAGGAAGGCGAGAUUUAUUAGGUUUAGGUUGAAUGCAACCACGGAUUCAACGCCCUUACCUUCAACGCCCAACCCCGUCCCAACCCCGACGUUUUUAUCCCCGACUAACACGCAUUCCGUCCCAACUCCGACGUUUUUAUCCCCUACUAACACGCAUUCCAUCCCAACCCCGACGUUUUUAUCCCCGACUAACACGCAUUCCGUUCCAACCCCGACGUUUUUAUCUCCACGGAAAAUGCACCCUGGGCCAACCCCGACGUUUUUAUCCCCACGAAAUACGCAACCUUGGCCAACCCCGACGUUUUUAUCCCCACGAAAUACGCAACCCUGGCUAACCCCGACAUUUUCAUCCCCACGAAAUACGCACCCCGGGCCAACCCCGACGUUUUUAUCCCCACGGAAAAUGCACCCCGGGCCAACCCCGACGUUGUUAUCCCCACGAAAAGCGCACCCCGGGCCAACGUCAACUACAACUACCGCCCCUUCGCUAACUCCAACGCCUGAUCCAGCACAGAGUUGGCCUGCGGUCCAUCACUCAAUUUCUUCCGUUUUCUCUUCGAUCCUCGACACGAGAUUUGGCCCCACGCCAACUUCAAUAUAUGGCCCCACAACAGCCCCGACCUAUGGCCCGAUCGCAAAACCAACACAUGGCCCCACACCAGCCCCGACCUAUGGCCCGAUAUCAGUCCCUACUUGUGGCCCCACACCAGCCCCGACUUAUGGCCCGAUAUCAGUCCCUACUUGUGGCCCCACACCAGCCCCGACUUAUGGCCCGAUAUCAGUCCCGACUUGUGGCCCCACAACAGCCCCGACUUAUGGCCCGAUAUCAGUCCCUACUUGUGGCCCCACACCAGCCCCGACCUAUGGCCCGAUCGCAAAACCAUCACAUGGCCCCACACCAGCCCCGACCUAUGGCCCGAUCGCAAAACCAACACAUGGCCCCACAACAGCCCCGACUUAUGGUCCGAUAGCAAUCCCGACUUGUGGCCCCACACCAGCCCCAACCUGUGGCCCGAUAUCAAUCCCUACAUGUGGCCCCACACCAGACCCGACUUAUGGUCCGAUAGCAAUCCCGACGUGUGGCCCCACACCAGCCCCGACUUAUGGUCCGAUAGCAAUCCCGACGUGUGGCCCCACACCAGCCCCGACUUAUGGCCCGAUAGCAAUCCCGACGUGUGGCCCCACACCAGCCCCGACUUUUGGCCCCGCAACAAUUCCUACAAAUGAUCCAAACCAAAUUUUUUUUUCCCCGCCAAAUUUGAUGUUGGUUCCCACGCCGAAUUUGACUUUGGUUCCCACGCCGAACUUGACUUUUAUUCCCCCGCCAAACUUGACUUUGGCUCCCACGCCGAACUUGACUUUGUUUCCCCCGCCGAACUUGACUUUGGCUCCCACGCCGAACUUGACUUUGGUUUCCCCUCCGAACAUUACUUUGUUUCCCCCGCCGAACAUUACUUUGUUUCCCACGCCGAACAUGACUUUGGUUCCCACGCCGAACUUUACUUGGGUUACUACGCCAAGCCUCACAUGUGGUCCCACGCCAACUCCCACGAAAGAUCCAAACCAAACUUUGAUUGCCACGCCAAACCUUAUACGGGGUCGCACGGUUUAUUCGGAAACUGGUUCCUCGCUAAACUUGGCCCCUGGUCCCUCGGGACAUCAGGCACCUGAUCCAGUUCCAUAUCAAAUGCCGCAUACCGCGAAAAAUUUGACGUUUCACCCAGUGCCAGAUUCGCCACACUUAAUCACGCAAGAAUCGACUCGCAUUGGCCCACCGUCUAGAACGGUGCAAACUACUACGCGAAGUCAGACAUCAAAUACCUCGUCCAAUCCAACUCCAAAACAAAGAGGUACCUUCAAACACAAGCGAAGUGCCCGUAAAGAUCAUCUACCAAGCCCAUUAAACAGUUGGUACUCGAGGAAAGUAAAAAUGGAAGAACAUGUGCGCCCAAAGCAGGAAAAGACGAAUACAACACAUGAUCAAGAUAAUGUAUGUAGGAACCGAGAUGAGAACAGAAGAACUGAAGACGACUACAUUAGAAUGUGUCGUGAUUUUCCACUGAGGCCGCAAUAUCGAUUCUACAAAAAUGACUCUGAGUUUAUCGUAGGUUCUGUCCCUCUACUGAUAGAAAUUUUGCGAGCCUCGUUGCUGAAAUAUUCGGAUGAAAUCUUGGAGCUAAGUGCUUCAUCACCGAAACGUGAAACUGCAUUCAAAAAUCAAGAAUUCGACCGUGAAAACCCAGUAGGAUGGGAAUUGACUGAAUUAAUACUCGAAGCGCAGCUUCGUCGCCUCAUGGAGGAAGGAGAUGACAUACCCGAAGAAAAAGAUAUUUUUCUGGCUGUAACCUCUAAAUUCGAAGAAUCUGGUGUAUUUAACCGCGAAGAAGAGCUUGAGGCAGAACUUUUUAACGACAUACUAUUAUUUGGGUACUCAAGUUUAAAAAUUAAAGCAGGAGAAAGCAUUACGAGGCACGUUGUGAGAAUGAUCGAAGGUGACGGUAGUAUAACUGUAUCCCGAGGUGCAUGUACCGUGGAUAAAAUCUUCAAUGCUUCCCAGUUAGUUGAAGUUAUGGCAUUAAUAACCCAAUUGGUUGCUGUUAUAACCAAACAAUUUCUCAAAAACGAAAUUAAAAGAAUAGUUUGCAAUCGAUAUUAUCAUUGGCUGAACAAAGCUGCAAAACUUCGAAAUCUGAGGAACGAACUUCAACAAAGACAUGCUUUACACAUAAAAGUAUCGGGGUCCAAGUGCUCGUCUAAUUCGGAAACUCCAGCAAGCGAAGUUGCUGCCCCAACAAAGCGAAUGAAGAAGCUUACGAAGAAAAUUUCCCGGAUAGAAAACGAAAUGCGGACGUUUUUUGAGCAGAUUAUAGUUCCGAGGUUCGAAGACGAAGAUCUCUCACUCUCUCAUAUGCAAGACCUUAUAGAAUCGAGUAAAAUGAUAGAUACGAUGAAAAGAAUUUCUUUUGUUAAUUUUUAAAACCUCCUGUUGAUUAAUUGUAUUUAAAUUAUUUAACUGUGACUUGCCGUUUUAAUCGACUAUUUUAUAAUUUUA